UGCCUCCCACAGGUGGCCACCAUGAUCCCCUGGGUGCUCCUGGCCUGUGCCCUUCCUUGUGCGGCCGACCCACUGCUGGCUGCCUUCGCCCGCAGAGACUUCCAGAAGGGCUCCCCUCAACUCAUCUGCAGCAUGCCUGGCCCCCAGGGUCCACCCGGCCCCCCAGGACCCCCAGGGCCCUCAGGAAUGGUGGGAAGAAUGGGCUUUCCAGGCAAAGAUGGCCAGGAUGGCCAGGACGGGGACCGAGGGGAGAGCGGAGAGGAAGGUUCACCUGGCCGGACGGGUAAUCGGGGGAAGCCAGGCCCGAAGGGCAAAGCCGGGGCCAUUGGGCGGGCCGGCCCACGUGGCCCCAAAGGGGUCAGCGGUGCCCCGGGCAAGCAUGGCAUACCAGGCAAGAAGGGGCCCAAGGGCAAGAAAGGGGAGCCGGGCCUCCCGGGGCCCUGCAGCUGCGGCAGCACCCACGCCAAGUCGGCCUUCUCCGUGGCAGUGACCAAGAGCUAUCCGCGGGAGCGGCUGCCCAUCAAAUUCGACAAGAUACUAAUGAACGAGGGCGGACACUACAACGCUUCCAGUGGCAAGUUCGUCUGCGGCGUGCCGGGCAUCUACUACUUCACCUACGACAUCACGCUGGCCAACAAGCAUCUGGCGAUCGGCCUGGUGCACAACGGCCAGUAUCGCAUCCGGACCUUCGACGCCAACACGGGCAACCACGACGUGGCCUCGGGCUCCACCAUCCUGGCGCUCAGGCAGGGGGACGAGGUCUGGCUGCAGAUCUUCUACUCUGAGCAGAAUGGGCUCUUCUACGACCCGUACUGGACCGACAGCCUCUUCACGGGCUUCCUCAUCUACGCCGACCAGGACAGCCCCAGCGAGGUGUAGACAGGACGGUGCUCGUCUCCCAGCUGCUCCUGGACACGGGCUUCCAGCACAAGACCCCUAAACUGUUGGGAGCUGGAAGUCAGGAGCAUCUAACCUCAGGCCGACCUCCUCCACCCUUUUUUCCUCCGUCAUUAAAUCCAAGCCUUUUUAUUCAU